CCUGUGACCAAAUCAAAACAAUUGCACGUGCGUUGUUUGUAGAAAAAUGGAUGAGCAUGAUAUAUUUAAACUGCUGACGGCGGGUGUGCGCUUCACCAAGAAAUCGAAGAAGGAAACCCCAACGCAACCACAACCGCAGCCCCCGAUUUCUAAACCAGACGGGCCGGUAAAGAGUGAACAAUCGGAGGAGGAUGACGAAGACACAACAGAAUUCCGAUUGCUGGAAGGAGGAUCUAGCAGCCAAGCCAAACGCAAGAAGCCGAAAUCAGAAAAGGCACUCUCUCCUAAGGAAAUAGAGCUUCAAAGAGCUGCUGAGGAAGCAAAUGAGACCAGGAAGCGGCAUGGUAUUAGUGUGCUUGGCAAAAGGGUUCCGCCACCAGUGGCCAGUUUCGAGGCUCUGACCAGAGACUUUAAGCUGUUGCCUCGCCUUCAGCAGAACCUUCAAGCCCGCAACUUCGACCGGCCUACGCCCAUUCAGAUGCAGGCUCUGCCCGUGCUCCUCCAGAGGCGAGCGCUAAUGGCUUGUGCGCCCACUGGAUCUGGUAAAACGCUGGCAUUUCUCACGCCAAUCAUCGAUGGAUUAAGGGCACAUAAAACUAGCGGCCUGAGAGCCUUAGUCUUGGCCCCCACUCGCGAAUUAGCACAGCAAAUCUACCGCGAGUGUGCAGAACUCACACGCGAAACGGGGCUGCGCACCCAUUUCAUCAGCAAGGUGAGCGAAGCAAAGCAAAAGCACGGUACCGAGUGCAAACAGCGCUACGACAUAUUGGUCUCUACCCCAAACCGCGUGAGAUUCCUCCUGCAGCAAGAGCCACCAUUACUGAAUUUGUCACUUGUUGAAUGGUUUGUUCUGGACGAGGCAGAUCGUUUAAUGGAGGAGGGUCAAAACAACUUCAAGGAGCAGCUGGAUGACAUAUACGCCGCCUGUUCACAUCCGACCAAGUGCGUGGCGUUCUUUAGUGCAACCUAUACUGUGCCUGUGGCCAAAUGGGCGCUGCGACAUCUUAAAAACUUGGUGCGCAUCACAAUUGGUGUGCAAAAUAGCGCCACCGAAACAGUGCAGCAAGAGUUGCUGUUUGUGGGCUCUGAGGGCGGAAAACUGGUUGCCAUGCGGGACCUAGUGCGCCAAGGUCUGCAGCCCCCGGUGCUCGUUUUCGUCCAAAGCAAGGAACGUGCUAAACAACUGUUUGAAGAACUGCUCUACGACGGCAUCAAUGUGGACGUGAUCCAUGCUGAACGGAGUCAACAUCAACGUGACAACUGCGUGAGAGCAUUCCGUGAGGGCAACAUUUGGGUGCUCAUCUGUACUGAGCUCAUGGGCCGAGGUAUUGAUUUUAAAGGCGUCAAUCUGGUGAUCAACUACGACUUUCCACCCACUACCAUCUCUUAUAUCCAUCGGAUAGGAAGAACAGGUCGGGCUGGGCGUCCAGGUCGGGCAAUUACAUUCUUUACGCAAGAUGACACGGCCAAUUUACGAAGCAUCGCGCUUAUAAUUAAAAACUCUGGAGGAUCUGUGCCGGAGUAUAUGCUACAGAUGAAAAAGGUUCGAAAAUCGGAGGCCAAGAUUAGAGCGAAGAAACCCUUAGAUCGUGAGGAUAUAUCUACCAAGAUACGCCCGGAGACGAAAGGCGACGAGAUCCGCAAAACCAGAAAAGUCAAAAAGGUUGAGGCGACGGAAAAAGCAUUAAAAAAGCGACAGAGUAAUGAAAAGGAUUUAAAGUCAAAGCAAAAAAAGCUCAGCAAAAUUAAAGUUAACCUUAAAACUGCGGAAAAAAGAAAGGCAAAACCAUCAAAAACAUAAAAGCCGAUGUGAAAUUUAGACCAAAAUAUUUUCUUUUUUUUAAUGUUAUUACAGUAUAAACAAAUUUACAACAAACUAAAGCCGAUCUACGUUUA